GAGAAGCCUGACUACACUCUGGGGGGGGGGGGGGUGCGGCAAAACUGGCAAGCCUGCUCACCGGGCAGACACCUACUCCAGGGGAGGGGGAGGUGUUGGUUCUGCUUGAGCAGCCCCAACCUCAGAGGUGUGUGUGAGGAAGGGUGGGGUCUGUUUUGGUGAAAUCUGAGCCUUCUUCGUCUGCUUCCCAGGGGUUUUCCCUGUGUCUGGGGAGUGGGCUGAGAGUGGACCAGGCUGGGCUCCCUACAGACCAGAGGAUGGUGGCAGUAAAGCCCUAUAGCCAACUUGGUUAGGGCAGCCAGGUAGCUUAGCUUAGCUGUGGCGCCGCUGGCCCCUUCCUAGAUCGAAAGCCAGUUCCAGAAGCUGCGAAGUCAGAAGUCCGAGGGGCAGUCUUGGGCCACCGUCGCAACACUGCUUGGCAGGGUACCAGAUCCGCUGCUGAGGGGGUGCUGGGCAGACCACUCCCCUGCCUUGGUCGGGGGCGCGGCCUCAGCCGCCCCGCCCCCUCCACCAAGCCCGGGCCGAGCGCGCUGGGGAGCCGGCGGAUCUGCGGCCAGGAGGUGCCGGCCCUGGGUCAGGAGCCCAGCGGGAGCUGGAACGGCGGUUAAGGUAGCGCUGGGUGAGUGAGUGGGGGCGCCGCGGCGGUGUAGGAACUCUCGCCUCCUGCACACCCCCGCCCCGGAGUGAAAUUUCCCGAUCCCGGGAAGCCGGAGAUUGGGGUGAAGAGACGGGUCCUCAGUCCAGGGGCCGCGGGCGAAGAGUCUGAACAGGGAACCUACACGAAAACUCACACCGACGGGCGCACACACGCGUGCACACAGACCCACGCGCGUACUGGAGACACCUGAAUACACGUGCACUGCGGGGCGGACGCGCCUAGUUUCCCUGGAGGCCCCUGGCCAGGCCUGAGCCUCUGCUGCCAUGGCCAUUGUGCAGACACUGCCAGUGCCCCUGGAACCCGCUCCUGAGGCCGCUACUGCCCCACAAGCUCCAGCCAUGGGCAGCGUGAGCAGCCUCAUCUCAGGCCGGCCCUGCCCCGGGGGGCCGGCUCCUCCUCGCCACCAUGGUCCCCCUGGACCCACCUUCUUCCGCCAGCAGGAUGGGCUGCUGCGGGGUGGCUACGAGGCACAGGAGCCACUGUGCCCAGCUGUGCCCCCCAGGAAGGCUGUCCCUGGUACCAACUUUACCUACAUCAACGAGGACUUCCGGACAGAGUCACCCCCCAGCCCAAGCAGUGACCUUGAAGAUGCCCGAGAGCAGCGGGCACGCAAUGCCCACCUCCGUGGUCCCCCACCAAAGCUCAUUCCUGUCUCUGGAAAGCUAGAGAAGAACAUGGAGAAAAUUGUGAUCCGCCCAACAGCCUUCAAGCCAGUGCUGCCCAAACCUCGAGGGGUACCAUCCCUACCUAGCUUCCUGGGUCCUCGGGCCACCGGACCGUCGGGGAGCCAAGGCAGCCUAACGCAGCUGUUCGGGGGCCCGGCCUCCUCCUCCUCUUCCUCCUCCUCCUCGGCUGCCGACAAACCCCUGAUACUGAGUGGCUGGGCCAGCGGCUGCCCAUCGGGGACUCUGUCUGACUCUGGCCGAAACUCAUUGUCCAGCUUGCCCACUUACAGCACCGGGGGUGCCGAGCCAGCUACCAACUCCCCAGGCGGGCACCUGCCCUCCCACGGUCCUGGGCGGGGCAUCCUGCCGGGGCCAGCCCGAGGAGCCCCCACCGGGCCCUCCCACUCAGACAGCGGCCGAUCUUCCUCCAGCAAGAGCACAGGCUCCCUGGGGGGUCGCAUGGCUGGGGGGCUCUUGGGCAGCGGUCCCCGGGCCUCCCCUGACAGCAGCUCUUGUGGGGAACGCUCCCCACCACCGCCCCCACCCCCUCCACCCCCUUCGGACGAGGCCCUGCUGCACUGUGUCCUGGAAGGAAAGCUCCGAGACCGGGAGGCAGAGCUGCAGCAGCUGCGGGACAGUCUGGACGAGAGUGAGGUGACCAUGUGCCAGGUGUACGAGGAGCGGCAACGGCACUGGCCCCGUGAGCGAGAGGCUCUGCGAGAGGAUGGUGUGGCCCGGGCCCAGCGGGCCCAACAGCUGCUGCAGCUUCAGGUGUUCCAGCUGCAGCAGGAGAAGCGGCAGCUGCAGGACGACUUUGCGCAGCUGCUGCAGGAACGUGAGCAGCUGGAGCGGCGCUGCGCCGCCUUCGAGCGGGAGCAACGGGAGCUCGGGCCACGGCUAGAGGAGACCAAGUGGGAGGUGUGCCAGAAGUCAGGUGAGAUCUCCCUGCUGAAGCAGCAACUGAAGGAAUCUCAGGCAGAGCUGGUACAGAAGGGCAGCGAGCUGGUGGCCCUGCGCGUGGCACUGCGGGAGGCCCGGGCAGCGCUUCGGGUCAGUGAGGGCCGGGCACGGGGCCUCCAGGAGGCGGCCCGAACACGGGAGCUGGAGCUGGAGGCCUGUUCCCAGGAGCUGCAGCGGCACCGUCAAGAGGCUGAGCGGCUGCGGGAGAAAGCUGGGCAGUUGGACAGUGAGGCCGCCGGACUCCGGGAACCCCCUGUGCCACCUGCCGCUGCUGACCCAUUCCUCCUGGCAGAGAGUGAUGAGGCCAAGGCACAGCGGGCCGCCGCCGGGGUCGGGGGCAGCCUACGGGCCCAGGUGGAGCGGCUCCGGGCAGAGUUACAGCGGGAGCGGCGGCGAGGCGAGGAGCAGCGGGACAGCUUCGAGGGGGAGCGGCUGGCCUGGCAGGCAGAGAAGGAGCAGGUGAUCCGCUACCAGAAGCAGCUGCAGCACAACUACAUCCAGAUGUACCGACGUAACCGGCAGCUGGAGCAGGAGCUGCAGCAGCUCAGUCUGGAGCUGGAGGCCCGGGAACUCGCAGACCUGGGCCUGGCGGAGCCAGCGCCCUGCAUCUGCCUGGAGGAGAUCACUGCCACCGAAAUCUAGGGCCUUAGCACCCGCCUCUGCACGGAGGUCUACUGAAAGCAGGCAGCAGCCUCAGAUCCCCCGAGGGCCCCAGAGUCUGAGGGCCCAAGGGCCUUUAGUCCCUGGGGUGCAGGCCUCUGGGCCCCUGCCAAGGACUCAGGGCUGCCCGAUGACUUGGAUCAGACUCCCUGAAGGUCCCUAUGUCCACUGUUACACAAAGGCUCCUACUCACUCCACCUAUUUCAUUCACUCCCCAAAUACUGCCAUUGCUACUCUGCCAACCCCACACACCCCCAGCACUCCCAGCCUGCUCAGCCAGGGGGCUCGGAAAAGGAAGGGGCUCCCUCAUCUCCACGUGCUCCCCACCAUCCCAAAGCCAGAGUGAGCCAGAUAGCGCCAGCUGCUCCAGAUGUGCCUGCCCCCAACCCUGCCCAUUUUGGGGGACAGGGCUGGGACUGGGGUCUGAUCUCCAGGUCCCAGCUCUGCAGCCCCUCUCCUGGGGAGAGGGGGCUGUAGUCAGACCAAAGGAAGAACUCAGAAAUGUUUAUUUGUGUUUGUGACCAAGUGGCCCCUCCCCACACCCAGGUUUUUGGCCUCGUUUUUCACUUGUAUAUUUUUCACAUUGUAAAUUUCUUGUACAAACCCAAAGAAAAAAAUUAAAAAAAUUUUUUUUUGUUUUUAAAAAA